GAAGAAGACAGAGCGGAUGUUCCGCCAUUUACGGGAUCGUGCGGAAUUCGCGCGUGCAGGAGCCGGUGAUCCGCGCUUCAAUGAUCAACUUCUAAAGCAGAGUUUGCGAAGAGUUUGUUACAGCAGUCAUGAGACGGAGUAAAGCUGAUGUGGAGCGCUACAUCUCUUCAGUCCAGAACGCGUCUCCGUCACAGAAAACGAAGACACUCAAAGGAUUUCUGUUUGCUAAGCUCUACUUCGAGGCUAAGGAGUAUGAGCUGGCUAAAAGACAUGUCUCCGAGUAUCUGACCGUCCAGCCCAAGGAUCCUAAAGCACACAAGUUCCUCGGUCAGCUGUUUGAGCGUGACGGAGAAACAGACAAAGCUGUGGGAUGUUACAAGCGCUCGGUGGAUCUGAAUCCGGCUCAGCACGAUCUGGUUCUGAAGGUGGCUGAGCUACUGUGCAGUAAACCCCAGCAUGACAGUCGAGCUGAGUUCUGGGUGGAGAAAGCGGCCAGGCUUCUGCCAGGACACCCGGCCGUCUUCAAUCUGAGGGAGAAGCUUCUGAGUGCUCAGAGUGGCUCUAACCAGCUGUACGAGCUGCUGCAGGCGGAGCUGAAACUGCGGCCCACCGACACCUACAUCAACCAGAAGCUGGUGCAGCUCUACAGCGCAGAGGGCCGGCUCGAGGACGCCGUCAAACACUGCCUCGCCGUGGAGAAGACCGGCAUCCUGAGACACUGUCUGGAGUGGUACCAGCUGUUGGUCAGCACCCUGCAGGAGUACCUGUGUCAGCCGAGUGUGUCGUCGAACGAACAGGCGUCACGCAAGUUUCACAAAGAGCUGCUGCUGGCUCAGUGCAGCCGAGUGAGACUGACGCUGACACUGAAGGACUGUGAAGAGAGCACCGCUGCCCUCUGGAGUUUUGACUGUGCCAUGCAGGAUCUGAAGAACACAGCUACAAACAGGAAGGAUGAGCUGGCGGAGGUGUUCACGGAGAUGAGGGCGCACCUGUACCUGUACGCCGGGACACUGCUGCUGAAGAGAGCCCAGGACGGGGCGCAGCAGUGGAGGACCGUGCUGGAUCUGGCUGCUCUCUGUUAUCUCAUAUCUUAUCAGGCUCCCAGACCCAAAGCCAGGAGCCUGAAGAGUGAGCAGGUGUCCCAUGAGCCUCUGGAGCUGCUGGCCUGUGAUCGUCAGAGUCAGGCGGGUCACAUGCUGCUGAACCUGAGCCAGGAUGUGGAGCAGCUGCUGAAGGAUGUGGUGGAGUCGUUCGGGAACCGGAGUGGCCCGGGUCAUCUGUUUGAUCAGCUGUUCGGUGCACAGACACAGGAGCAGCACUCCUUCAUCUGUAACGAUGACAUCCAUGUACACGUACACGCGCCCAAAGCCGCUGAUCUGGCCAAGUGGGACAGUGGAGCGGUGAUGCUGCACGCGGGUGAUCUGCAGCAGCUGGUGUGGCUCGGCCUGCAGUGGGCGCUAAUGGGUCAAAGCGUGAGUCUGCAGGACUGGCUCAAGCAGCUCUUCCCUCGCCUCACGCUCGAGACCUCAAAACUGGACACCAACGCACCAGAAUCCAUCUGCCUGCUGGACCUGGAGGUGUUCGUGAGCGGUGUGGUGUUCUGCAGUCAGACACAGCUGCAGGAGCGGGUGAAGAUGACGUCCUGCUCUCAGCCGCUCGAGCCUCGCUGUCUGCCGCUGCACAUCAUGAAGCUGCUGUCGUCUGACAGACAGAGAGAGUGGUGGGACGCCGUCUACAGCCUGAUCCACAAGAGAGCGCAGCCCGGGACGUCUGCUAAACUGCGUCUGGUCGUGCAGCACGGUCUGGGCACGCUGCGUGCCGGGGAGAAACACGGCCUUCAGCCGGCUCUGCUCAUACACUGGGCUAAACACCUGACUGACGCGGCCGAGCGGGGGAACUCUUACUACGAUCAGAAGGAGUAUGCUGGACGCAGUGUGCACUACUGGAAGGUUGUGCUCCCCCUGCUGGAGAAGGUGCGACACAAACGCAGCAUCCCUGAACCCCUGCAGCCCAUGUUCAUGCACUUCCAGAGCAAAGACAUACAGCCUUCUCAGGUGCGAGUCUAUGAGGAAGAUGCCACCAUAAGCUUCGCCACACUCCUUGACAUCGAGGGCAACACUGAGGAGGCAAUCUCAAAGCUGGAGCAGCUCAACAGCCUCUCGUCUAACUGGCAUCUGGCGAAGAUCUAUCAGAGGCUGUCAGAGGAGGCAGGAAACGGGCUUGAGGAGACUCAGGGCAGGUGCACCGACUUCCUCCUGAAGUUCAGGAAGUACUUGACUCAGAUUUAUCAGGCCAGUGCCGAGGAUUUGGAGAAGUUGCCUGUAUCGAUGGAGGAGGUGAUGGAUUUGUUGAACGAGGUCAACCAGCAGCUUGUUGGUGAGGGGGAUGAAGAUCAGCUGGAAUAUCCUGUGACAUCCAGUCCCGGUCAGCCCACUGAAGGACAUGUUAAAUUCUCCACCCCUUCCUCAUCCAAGAGUGUCACGUCACCAUCCAAAAGAUCUGUGUUCUCCCCCAAAACACCACCUCACUGGGUGGAGGACCAGAAGUCACUGCUGCAGAUGUUAUGCCAGCAGGUCGAGGCCUUGAAGAAUGAGGUUCAUGACCUGCGUCAUAAUUCUCCAGAUGCCACAGCAUCCUCAUAUAGGAUGUAUAGAGACAACUAUGCUGCAGAAGGACUUCAGGAAACAUUUCCUGCAGCGCAGACGUUCCACGGUGUUCCUCUCACUGUUGCUACUACAGGUCCCUCUGUGUACUACAACCAGUCUCCAGCAUAUAAUUCACAGUAUCUUCUACGCACUGCUGCAAAUGUUACACCAACAAAGGGCCCAGUAUAUGGGAUGAAUCGUCUUCCUCCACAGCAGCAUAUGUAUGCCUACCAACAAUCAACACAUACCCCACCUCUUCAGUCAACACCCGCAUGCAUGUAUCCUCAAGAGCAAGUCUUCGGUCCUCCCAUCCGGUUUGAGUCACCAGCUACAUCCUUACUCUCCCCAUACAGUGAGGAGUAUUACGGUCACAACGUUCCUCAGCCCACAGUCAAUCCAACGUUGCCAGAGCCUGGAUAUUUCACUAAGCCAUGUCCUGUUACAUCCACACAGUCAACCAGGAGCACUGAAAGCAAGGCUGUCGACCCCAAAAUUAGUUUUGGGCCGCAGUUCACAGGUGAACCUGCUAAGGUUCCCAACUUUGGAGGAGUAGCUGCCGGCCCAACAACAACAUCCUCAACAGCAUUCAAGUUCAACUCCAAUUUCAAGUCCAAUGAUGGUGAUUUCACCUUCUCUUCUGCUCAAGUUAAAAAUAGUGAAAGCCUCUUGGGACUUCUGACAUCAGAUAUUCCUCCCAAAGCUGAGGUUUCGUCAGAACCAAAACAUCAGACCCAAGACCAGCUGCCUAGCCAGAAAGAAGUCUUUACCUUUGGGAGUAAAAGUGCAGCAGGAUUUUCAUUCACUGAUGGUGCUCCGAACAAGAUGAGUAUUUUUGGCAACACCGAUCAAAGAUUUAGUUUUACAAGUGGAACCAAGACAACAUUAGGGAAUUCAGAGGCUCGGGAAGAGAAAAGUGGUGAAAGCGACAAUGAUGGCACCCAUGUGGAAGAAGAUGAGGAUGGGCCUCAUUUUGAGCCCAUUGUGCCUCUACCUGAUAAGGUCGAUGUGAAAACUGGUGAGGAGGAGGAGGAGGAGAUGUUCUGCAAGAGAGCAAAACUCUUCCGAUUUGAUUCUGAGACUAAAGAAUGGAAAGAGAGGGGCAUUGGCAGUAUCAAAAUCCUCAAACACAAAAGUUCCGGGAAAGUUCGUCUGUUAAUGAGGAGGGAGCAGGUUCUGAAAAUCUGCGCCAAUCACUAUAUCACUGCUGACAUGGUCCUCAAACCAAAUGCUGGAUCUGACAAAUCCUGGGUGUGGUAUGCUAUGGACUAUGCAGAUGAAAUGCCAAAGACUGAGCAGUUGGCCAUUCGUUUUAAAACCGCAGACGAGGCAACACUGUUUAAAGUUAAAUUUGAGGAAGCUCAAAAGUUCCUUUCGGAAUCCCCACAAGGACAACAGACUGAAAAGAAAAGCGAAAAUCCAAAGCCUCAGGUUUCAUCCAAAGAAGUGGAUCUCAAAACCCUGUUUUCCAAGAAGGCGGGUGAAUGGGAUUGUGACAUGUGCUGUGUAAGAAACGCUCCCACGUCUGCGGUAUGUGUGGCCUGCAACAGUGCAGCUCCUUCUACAGCACAAGUCAAACCUGUAGAGGAGCCCAAAGGCUCUGGGCCUGUGGCUCCUCCUGCCAAAUUGUUUUCUUUUGGACUUUCUGGAGAUUCUGCUAAAAGUGCCACCAGCACUGAUAUCUGCUCGAAGGGCUUCACGUUUGGAUCGGCUUCUUUUAAGUUUGGAUCAAACGAUGCUGUGGAGACAUCUGCUGGCUUUGGAGCUCAGGCUGAGAAGAAAACAAGUCAGGUUGAUGCACCACAGCGAGAGAAAGUGUCAACAGCUCCAGCAGUCCCAUUUGGCACUGGAUUUGGUGCGGUGGACACAUCUACUGGCUUUGGAGCUCUGGCUGAGAAGAAAACAAGUCAGACUGAUGCACCAGAGCGAGAGAAAGUGUCAGCAGCUCCAGCAGUCCCAUUUGGCACUGGAUUUGGUGCGGUGGACACAUCUACUGGCUUUGGAGCUCAGGCUGAGAAGAAAACAAGUCAGACUGAUGCACCACAGCGAGAGAAAGUGUCAGCAGCUCCAGCAGUCCCAUUCGGCAGUGGAUUUGGUGCGGUGGACACAUCUACUGGCUUUGGAGCUCUGGCUGAGAAGAAAACAAGUCAGACUGAUGCACCAGAGCGAGAGAAAGUGUCAGCAGCUCCAGCAGUCCCAUUUGGCACUGGAUUUGGUGCGGUGGACACAUCUACUGGCUUUGGAGCUCAGGCUGAGAAGAAAACAAGUCAGACUGAUGCACCACAGCGAGAGAAAGUGUCAGCAGCUCCAGCAGUCCCAUUCGGCAGUGGAUUUGGUGCUCAGUUUGCCAAGAAAGAUGGUCAGUGGGACUGUGACUCCUGCCUAGUGAGGAAUGAAGCCUCGGCAACUGAAUGCAUUUCUUGCAAAGCCCCCUGCAGCACUGUAAAAACUAAUGCAGCAUCGAAAGGUGGGCUAGCUGCCAUGUUUGGUAAAAAAGCUGGUCAGUGGGAUUGUGACACUUGCCUGGUAAGAAAUGAAGGUUCAUCUAGUCAUUGUGUUUCAUGCCAGACAGCAAACCCAAAUAUGAAAAACAAGACCUCUGCUGCACCAUCAAGUUCCUCUUUUACCUUCAGUUUUGGUAGUUCUAGCAACCAACCUGCUGCGACAGGAUUUAAAGCCAAUUUCAAUCCAGGCCCUGCUUUUCAGUUCGGCACAAGUAAGGAAAAAUCAUCCUUAGAAGCCUUCAAGUUUGAGUCCUCCACAACUGAAGCUGAAAAGUCAUCAGGCAGUUCCAGUUUUGCUUUUUCCAAGCCGGCGCCUGUUGGCGGAUUUAAGUUUGGCAUUGCAGAAUCUGAGGCAAAACCAUCAGACGGACAGUCCCAAAAUGGAUCUGCAUCUGGCCUCCUCAAAAAUAUUGCUGCGCAUCACAAAGAGAAAGAGAAUGAAAAAGAGGCAGCCCCAAGUUCCUCAGAACAGUCUGUAGACUCUGAUAGUCAAGAUAAUAAUCCCCUCUUUACUGGUAAGCCUAACACCUUUAGUUUCGCUGACUUGGCAAAGACACAAGGCAGUUUUCAGUUUGGCCAGGAGGAUCCCACUUUCAAAGGCUUUGCAGGGGCUGGCGAGCCUCUCUUUACAGGGUUGUAUCCUGGGCCCAAGGCCGACACCUCUGUCGAUCAAGAUGAUGAAAUGUACAAAACUGAGGAGAAUGACAAUAUUCAGUUUGAGCCUGUUGUUCAGAUGCCAGAGAAGGUCGACCUUGUUACAGGUGAAGAAGAUGAGAAAGUCUUGUAUUCACAGCGUGUCAAACUCUUCAGAUUUGAUACAGAAACAAACCAAUGGAAAGAAAGAGGAGUCGGCAACCUAAAACUGCUCAAGAAUAACCAGAACGGGAGACUGCGAGUUCUUAUGAGGAGAGAGCAGGUGUUGAAAGUGUGUGCUAAUCAUUGGAUCACAACCACAAUGAACUUAAAGCCCCUCUCAGGCUCGGAUCGAGCCUGGAUGUGGUUGGCCAGUGACUUCUCAGAUGGAGAUGCCAAAUUAGAACAACUUGCGGCAAAAUUCAAAACACCUGAGCUUGCAGAAGAAUUCAAGCUGAAAUUUGAGGAGAGUCAGAGACUGCUUUUGGAUAUUCCUUUGCAGACCCCUCACAAGCUCACAAACACUGGAAGAACAGCCCAUCUUAUACAGAAAGCUGAAGAAAUGAAAUCUGGACUUAAGGACCUCAAAUCAUUCUUGACUUCCCAAAACAAGGACGAUGAAAGUGCCGAUACAAGUCAUAGUACUUCUGCAGUUGUAGUUAAGCUCGACUCUGAGGGCACUGCACACACUUUAGAAUGGGAUAAUUACGAUUUGCAUGAGGAAGUGCACAAGGACUAUGGCAGCCCCUCUGUGCGUGAUACUCCUUUGCAGCCAGAUCCAGUUGCUAAAAAUUUAUUCCGCUUUGGCGAGUCGUCCUCAGGGUUUAGUUUCUGUUUUCAGCCUAUUCUCAGUCCCUCUAAGUCCCCAUCUAAGCUAAACCAGAGCCAGGCUUCCGUUGGCACAGAUGAUGAGCAAGAAGUGUCUCAGGAGGAAGAGCGAGAUGGUCAGUACUUUGAGCCUGUUGUGCCACUGCCUGAUCUUGUUGAGGUCUCAACCGGAGAGGAGAACGAGCAAGUCCUUUUCAGUCACCGGGCCAAAUUAUACCGCUAUGAUAAAGAUCUUAAUCAGUGGAAGGAACGAGGUAUAGGAGACCUUAAAAUACUACAGCACUAUGAAACUAAGCGUGUUAGACUUGUGAUGAGGCGGGACCAGGUCCUCAAACUGUGUGCGAACCAUUGGAUUGUUUCCAAUAUGAAGCUUGAGCCCAUGAAAGGAGCCGAGAAAGCGUGGAUCUGGAGUGCCUUUGAUUUUGCUGAGGGGCAGGGCAAGGUGGAACAGCUGGCAGUUCGAUUUAAACUGCAGGAAACCGCAAAUGCUUUCAGUGAAAUUUUCGAAGAGGCAAAGACUGCCCAAGAAAAAGACACUCUACUGACCCCGUUUUCUGCAAAACUACCUGCCUCCACCCAGGAGAUGCUUUGUGCCACGGCUGCAGUUGCUGUACUUGAGGAAACAACAAAAGAACGUACUGGAAUCUCUGAAGAAAGCAGUCCUAAACUGGAUCAGACACCUCAAAGCACCAAGAAUGUGGUCUCUCCUCCAAAGUUCGUCUUUGGUUCAGACUCUGUGCAGAAGAUUUUUGGAAGCCCUUCGCCAUCAAAAGACAAAUCUCUGGUUGUGAUUUCUAGUUUAGAAGACGAGGAAGCGGGUGCCUCGAGACUGAAAACCUCUGGAGCAGCAGUGGCCAGCCAGUCAUCGGUCCAGACUCCUUUCAGCAUACCAACAAGAAUUUACUCUCCGUCAGAGAAGAAGAGCGCUCAAGACGUGUCUGAUGAUGAUAUUGAGAUCGUAUUUGAGCGUAAACCAACGAGAGAGCAAGCAGAGCUGGCCGCCAGACUGAUGCUUCCUCCUACCUUCUUCUGUUACAAAAACAGUCCCGGAUACAUCAGUGACGAAGACAGCGAUGAUGAGGAUUUUGAGAGCGCAGUGAGGAAUCUGAAGGGGAAGCUGUAUGUGGAUGGAGCUGAUGGAGCAUCUGAUCAUGACUCGGAGGUCACUCUGGUGUGGGAGAAGCGGCCGACAGCAGACGAGGAGCAGAGAGCCAGACGCCUCCUCCUGCCUCCCACCUUCCUGUGCGGCGUCAGCAGCGACUCUGAAGCAGAGGCAGAGAAACUGGACGACUUCAGCACUGAGGUCCAGAAGGUACAGCAGGCCCAGGUGAAGCCCGUUCGCUGGGAGUCUGGACCGCAGGAGAUCAGUGUUUCUUCAUCGGCUCCUCAGGACACACAGGUGAAGCCCGUUCGCUGGGAGUCCGCACCACAGGAGAUCAGCGGUUCUUCAUCAGCUCCUCAGGACACACAGCUGAAGCCCGAGCCGAGCGACGGCGGAGCAGAGGAGCGUCAGACUGAUGGCAGCCGUCCCAUCGAUCUCUCCACUAAGAGAAGCAGUGAGAGCGACUCCAGCACAGCUACAGCUCUCUCUUUCGGAUUCACAUCUGCCGCUGGGUUUUCAUUUGCAGAACUCGCUAAGACUUCAGGGGAAUUUGCUUUUGGUAAAAAAGAUGCUGGUUUCUCGUGGUCCGGCGCAGGAGCCUCAGUCUUCGGGAGCGCAGCGGCUCAAACUAAAGAAGCAGAAGAGGAGGACAGCGAUGAUGAGACGCCCCACAGUGACGAGAUCCACUUUGAGCCGAUCGUGUCCCUGCCCGAGGUGGAGGUGAGGUCCGGUGAGGAGGACGAGGAGAUCCUGUUCAAAGAGAGAGCCAAACUCUACCGCUGGGACCGCGAGCUCAACCAGUGGAAGGAGCGCGGCGUGGGAGACAUCAAGAUCCUCUUCCACCCCGAGAAGAAGAGCUAUCGCCUGCUGAUGAGACGAGAGCAGGUGCUCAAAGUGUGCGCCAACCACACCAUCAGCCCCGGCAUCGAGCUCAAGCCCAUGAACACCUCGGCUAACGCUCUGGUGUGGACCGCCACCGACUACUCCGAGGGAGAUGGGAAGGUGGAGCAGCUGGCAGCUAAGUUCAAGACUCCCGAGCUGGCCGAGUCCUUCAGACGAGCGUUCACAGACACACAGACCCGCAUGUCUCAGACGGACGCCGCUCAGACGUCUGCCGCAGAGGCGCUGUCUCGAGACUCCAACCCUGUGGUGUUCUUCGACAUCUCCAUCGAUGAGGAGCAUGCUGGGAGAGUGGUCAUGGAGCUCUUCGCUCACAUCGUGCCCCGGACGGCGGAGAACUUCCGAGCUCUGUGUACGGGAGAGAAGGGCUUCGGUUACCGCCGCUCCGUCUUCCACAGGAUCAUCCCAGACUUCAUGUGUCAGGGCGGUGAUUUCACCAGUCAUGAUGGGACGGGGGGGAGGUCUAUCUACGGAGGUAAGUUUGAGGACGAGAGCUUCGAGGUGAGGCACACAGGACCCGGGCUGCUGUCCAUGGCCAACCGCGGCAGAGACACCAACAACUCUCAGUUCUUCAUCACGCUCAAGAAAGCAGAGCACCUGGACUUCAAGCACGUGGCCUUCGGAUUCGUCAAAGACGGCAUGGAUGUGGUGAGGAGGAUGGGAGAGCUGGGCACUAAAGACGGGAAGCCCACGCACACCAUCAGCAUCUCCGAGUGUGGACAGAUCCUGUGAGCUCCUGCUCAACGCUCCUGUAAAUCGGCUUGUUUUAUUAUUGUUUCUGUGCUAAUAAAGGUGAUCUGCUAAUUGUCAAAGUGAAUAAGAAAAUCUUUAUUUUAUUACUGAAUGUGUUCACCCCAGAGAUUCCUCCUAGAAUUGGACAGAAAAAGACUUCCUCUGUUAAAUGUGUGUAUUUGAAGAUCGCUUCACACAAACACUGCCGUGUUUCUUUCCACUUCAAGAACAUAAAAUAAACGUCAGACGUUGAGUUUCA